GAAGACUGAAGCUACAGGCUGACACUGAGGAGAAAGAAGAUAAUCCUGCACAAGAUCAUUUUUACCCUCUGCAUCAUCUCAACCAUGAAGAUGCUGGCUGUGUCUCUGUUUGUCUGUGCCAUGAUGGCUCUGACCAGAGCUGCUGAGAAGAGCCCCAUAAUGAAGAGGUCUACAUCUUGUCCCAGUGGUUGGACUGGUUACAAUGGUCGCUGUUUCAGCUACAUUCCAACUGUCAUGACUUGGGCUAAUGCUGAGAGACAUUGUCAGAACUUAGGUGGAAACCUUGCAUCAGUGCACAGCUUCAACGAGCAGCACGCCAUUCAGAGUAUGAUACUGCAGCAGGCUCAUGCGUAUCCACUAACAUGGCUUGGAGGCUCUGAUGCAGCACAGGAGGGUACCUGGUUCUGGAGUGAUGGUAAACCUUUCAGGUUCAACUACUGGGAUAAAGGACAGCCUGAUAACUAUGCAAGCGCACACUGUCUGGUGAUGAACUCUGGAGAUCUCAAGAAAUUUGAUGAUCAGCCUUGUCAUUACACCAAGCCAUUUGUCUGUGCCAUGAAGCCAUGAUGUCUCUUUGGAUGAAAUAGAAACAUGCAGUGCCAAUCACAGCCACAGGAUCUGGAUGGAUAUGUGAUUUUUAUCUGUGUGUUUUUAUCAUCUGUAACCUCUUGCAUGUAGUAAUCAAUACUUCCUUC